AUGGGGAAUGGGACAACUGUCCAGGACUUUAUCCUGGAGGGAUUUCCUGCUGUCCAGCACCUGGGGAUCCUCCUCUUCUCGGUGCACCUGCUGGCAUACCUGGCCUCCAUCACAGGAAAUGUAGUCAUCGUCUCCAUUGUCUGCACCAAUGCCCGUCUGAAAACCCCCAUGUACUUCUUCCUCGGCAUUUUCUCCUUCGCUGAGUGUUGUUUUACCAGUACUGUAAUCCCUAAGUUGUUGGCUAUAUUUCUCUUAGGGAAACAAACAGUUUCCUUUGUCGCCUGUUUCAUACAAGCUUUCGUCUUUGUAUUUAUCGGGGCAUUUGGUUUUCUUCUCAUAGCUCUGAUGUCGGUGGACAGGUGUGUGGCUAUCUGCAGGCCUCUUCAUUACCCCACCAUCAUGAACCCGAGGACCUGCACCCUCCUAAUCAUGGCCUGCCUUACUAUGACCUUCACCCUUAUCACUUGGGUAGUAGUGAAGGUAUCCCAGUUAUCCUUCUGUGGCCCCCGUGUCAUCCCACACUUCUUCUGUGACCUUGGCCCUCUGAUCCGCCUCUCCUGCUCCGACACCAGCUCUGUGGAAGCUCUGACUUUUGGUCUUGCUUUGCUUCUCCUCCUCUCAUCCCUCACUGUAACCAUCACUUCAUACAGCAGCAUAGUCGUCACGAUCGUGCGUCUCCCAUCAGCCAAGGAGAGACAGAAGGCUUUCUCCACCUGCUCCUCUCACCUCAUCGUCCUCUCGCUGAUGUACGGCAGCUCUAUAUUUAUAUACGUGAAACCAAAGCAAACAAGCAGGCUGGAAUCCAACAGAGAGGCUGCUCUCAUGAAUACAGUGGUGACACCACUUCUGAACCCUGUCAUCUACACCCUACGCAACAAGCAGGUCCACCAGGCUCUGAGAGAGACUGUGUGCAGAAUAAAAAUAUCAAGAUAA